UAACUGUCAUGCCCCUUAAUUCUGGAAAAGAAAACCCCGUCUGUUGAAACAUUUUCCAGAAGGAGAAUCUUUGGAGUCAGCCAUUUUAGAGAAGCUCCAAGCACCUGCUGGAUGGAGAAACUUGUUAUAGUUAUCAAAGUUCAGGCUAUGCGCGCCACUUUUGGCUCCUGCCGGCUGCCUGCAGCCCUCAACGACAGCCAGGUAGGGGGAGGUGUGCGCGGUGUAUUGUAUUUUGACGCCGCAGGCAGAUUCAGCGGUAACGCGAGCUCAUCACACACUAUCAACUGGUCCUCCCUGAUGAUGUCCAUGCUCUGGUCUUCAAUGAGUCAGCCUUUUGUUAACCCAUGUAACGCUUCCAAGAUUAUGGGACUAGACGCAAUAAUCAGAAUUCGUCUCAGGGAGCCCAAGACUGCUGACUUUCUUGCGAGUAUCAGCAAGUGCCAGGGUUUAUUCAAAGAGUCUGUAGUACAAAGAAGCUGAUCGGAGUCAGGUCAAUCAACUCUGAGUGGACUGAUUCGGAGGUAAAUACAGCUGAGGCAUCAACAUCCCAUCACUAUGGCCAGCCUUCAGCUCAGUGAACAGAGGUUAAGGCACUUACCUUCGGGACGAUUUUACUUGAACCAACGCCGGUACAGUGGCAUCCACAAUGUCUGGGAUACACCACCUCCUCUGAAAAACGGGCAUGGAGCUCUGCUGACCAGGAGAAGAUGACAAUUGCUAUAGCCCUCGAGUAUUCGUGCAGAAAGAAAUCGGGGAGAAGCUGCAGUCAGAAAGUUCUGAACGAUUCUCACGGACACGCUGACCCAACUACAUCGGGAGCUCACCAUCAUGAAGGCGCUGUGUUGGAUGUAUGUCCGGUUGGAGGCCAGGGACUUUAUCCUGUCACCCUUCUUCUUCGCUGUGGUGACAAUCCCCUCUGUUACUGUUCCCUCAAAACCUGGAGGGUUGCCAAAGGCCAGGACACUCUCACCUGGCCGCACAGCUAAAGAGCUCCCAAGCGUCACUGAGGUGGGCAGCUUUGUCAAAGGUGUAAAUAGAAAGUAUCACUAAAAAA